AUGGAGAUUUCUUCGAGGUUCAGUGCAAAGCGCACCAAAGAAGUGUCUUGUUCGUCAACUAUUGACAGGUGGACGAGGAUGGCCUUCGAUGCCUGUGCCCAGAAUGACGUUGAGUUCGCAGAAAAACUUCUGGGGAAGGUACAAACGUUGUAUUCUCAAGUCAUGGCAACAGGCGCCGAACAGCGACUUAGGCCUGGAAGCGGUGAUCUUACAAGCUUCUCAAGCACUACCUCAGUAUCAGAUUGUCCAUGGAGAAUCACUGGACGUCAGAUUGAGGACCUAAGCAAGGCACUUCAGAGCCUGCAGCAGAAGACGGCGCGUCAGCAGGACCUCGGAGCGAUGAAUCUUUCCCCCAACCAUGGAGGUACAAGUGCCUCUGCAUUUUUGCCGUUGACAGCUCUGAACAGCUGCUUUUGCAGCAGCACUGCGGAGACGAACACUGGAGGUGUUUGGUUCGCGAAGGCAUCUGCUAGUGAGCACCAAUCAUCCGAGAACAAGGAAGGAUUACUUUCGUCUCCGGCACCGUAG